CGUCAAAGCAUUUCAAGAACAGUCCAAUCAGUCACUGAGAGUAUAGAGAGGGGAAUCCUAAAAAGGACUAGCGCCCCACGCGCCCCGACCAAAACAACCGCGUGCCCGAAUCCCUCCAACCCACCCACCUUCUGCGCAUCCUUGCCGCCCGCAGCUUCUUUCGCAUCGCGGGUGUGAUCCUCGAAUUCCCAGCUAGAAUAAUGUCGACACAUGCGACCACUCCUCGCUAAUUACACACACGCUCCGACUCACCAAUUCCGACCGACGAGGCGUGGAACCCACCAGAUCCAACCCGCGAGCGCAACGUCAACGCGGAAAAACCGCCCAACGGCGCAGCAAUCGACCACCUCUCACCAUAGCGCCAGCCUAGAAAUCACAAGCUAAACAACGCGCAAUCUUUUCGAUCGGUGCUCUUCUCACCGAGGGUGUCUGUUAACGCCCUAAGCACCCUUAAAACUAACGAGCCUGCGUACCCGACAACUCCUGACAUGACCAUCGCGGUCCUGACGGCCUCGACAACCAAAACAAAGCGCCGCGAACCGUUGAGGACGAUCGGUAUGGCGGCUACUCAGGCGCAAUCGCGUUCUGGGGGUGCGGGAAAGGGUGGUGGGGAACAGAGACGCACGCGACCGACCGCGAGUAAGGAAAACCUGGAGGAAAUUUCGAAUAAUGAGUCGAAGCGAAAAGCGGGCUACGACGAGGAUGCGGAUGGGUUUCAAUUCUCGCUAUUACCGUCGAAGAAAGCGAAACCUUCGAUUGAAGUAGCGCCCCGGCUUGCUCAUUCGGAUGUGGAAAAUACGACCCCAAAACCGUCGCCGAGGAGGGGACGACCGCCAAAGAAGAGAGUGGAGGAGAACGCGGGAUCAGCAAACGGAAAGACGGCCGAGCUACCGACGAGGAGACCGACGAGGAGGUCUCUGCGAGCAGCAGAUGCCGAACCAGAAGUACAUGCCGAAUCAGCAGCGCGCUCAUCCCGGAACCGGGACAGUCACGAAGACCAACCAUUGGAGAGGAAGAAGAAGAGGGGACGGCCGGCGAAGACAAAGACGAACGAAUCAAAUGGCUAUCAUUCGCCGGAACAACCUCCUACAGGCAUCAAGGUGGCUCUACCGACGGCCGAUACGCCGGUUAUUCAGCGCAAUAAGGAGUUUAGAGGAGCGAAAUCGAGCAAGGGUGGACGACGAAGCAGUCUACAGAUGCGUGGACGAAGAGCCAGUGACUUGAUUGAUUCGGGGACGUCGAAUGCAUUGCCCCAUCGAGAAGUGAGUACGGCGGACUUUUAUAAACACAUUGCCGAUGAAGGGCUUCCCGAGCCGCGCAGGAUGCGACAGCUUCUCAUCUGGUGUGCGACUCGUGCAUUACCUGACAAGCCCUCCGGGUCACACUCUGAGGAAAUUAGUGCGCGCUUAGCAGCCCGGGCGAUUCAAGAAGAGAUCUUGAAAGAAUUCUCAUCCAACUCCGGCCUAUCUGAUUGGUUUAGUCGUGAGGAUGUGAGUCCUCCAACGGUGGUCGUGAAGAAGCCGAAUCCGAGGAACGUGCAGAAUACGGACAAGAUCAAGGAGCUGGAAGAGCAAAUACAGAAACUCCAGAAAGAGAGACAGGCUCUGAACGCACUUCUCAAACAGCCGCCGAUUCCGCGCAUUGAUGUUGAAUCACCCAGUAAAUCUCCCAAGAGAUCCCCUCGGUCAAAGCGCGAACUUGGGGAAACCACCCACGACAAAAUCAACACCUCCCUCCUCGACCCCUCACAACAAGCCAUCUACGCCACCCUCAAUCCUCCACCCUCCUCCGCAGCUGCUCAGUUACAGUCACGAGGAGACGCUUCUUCCUCAACACAACCACCCCUACCACCCUCCAUCGUCUCAGCCCGUCUCUCCCGAAUCACAACAGGUCUCGCACCGACACUCGAUGCGUUGGCUGCAGGAGUCCACGACAUCGAACUAUACCGCUCUACGGCAGACGCCGUUUCUUCGCGGAUACUACGGAUCUGUGCAGAACGCCUCGAAGAGCGCGACGCUCAGAACACACAGCAACGGCUCGCUAUUGAAGGGGAUGACAGCGAGCAGCGCACAAGGAGAGUAUCACACUCUCGACCACGUGAGGAUCUGGGCCUUAUACUCGGUGCACUUAGUCGCCUUGAGAGGCGGUAAUGCUAGACGCAUCAGCUCUACGGUCCAAGCUUCCACCUUUCUCGGCGGUCUGCCCAUCGUUUCAGCGUUUUCUUGUGUUCUUUUCGCGCACUUCUCAUCAUCGUUAUUCGCCGCGGAGGAAAUCAGGCUGGAUUUCUCGUUGAUCUGAAUCCUCCAAGAGGCGGGCUAGGCAUGGCGCAAUUUUUCAAGUUGAGAUUUGAAUGUUUGUUUAACAAGGGCCGACUUUUGGUCUCUGCUCUGGGAGUAGCGUGGUUGAAUUAGACCGGGAUGAAAUGGUCUGGGAUAGGAUGGGACGGGAUGCAAUGCACUUCCUUUCUGCAAGCAUGGAGUUUCUGGUGUUUCGUUUGGCCUUUCUUUCUAAUAUACCGCCUUGUCGGAUUGGAUCUACGGUUUAUUGUUAUCCUUUUUUUCUUUUAUGUCUUACCGUGGGUCAUGAGGGGAUGUGUGAGAUGUGGUAGGUUAGUCUUGGUCCAAUGCUAUCCAAUCCCGGUAUUUCCCCUGCGGUCAAUCAAUAUCGAGGUUCAAAACUCUGAGUUCUUACGCAAUAACGAGGUACAUCCAUAGAUACUGAUUUAAUCUUGAUUCAUCCAACAUGGAUUGGAUAUGCAAGGGAGACCGUUACCCCAGCUUAAUCAGCAGAUAGUUCUUUG